AUGAAGUAUCACGCUGGUCACGUUUUGGCGCUUGCGAGUGUCGCGGCUGCGUAUCCGUAUCCUCAAAAGUUGCCUUCUACCACUGAGCCUGGCGCGGGCUCUGAUACUGGUGCUGGCACCGGCACCGGCAGAGGUUCUGGUUUCCCGGGACUGGGUGGUGGAUCUGGUCUUGGAGGAGGCCUCACUCUGCCUACUAGCCUGCCCAGUCUAGGUGGAGCUGCUGCUAGCGACACUAGCAUUGGCACUGGUGGUUCCUCGUGGAUGGACUGGCUCAGCGGAUUGACUGGAGGCCUUGGUGGAGGCACUAGUGCUGGCAGUGAUGAAACUACACCACCCGCUUCCCCCGAUACCGAGACACCAGCAACUCCAGCGACUCCAGCGACUCCAGCCACCCCUGGAGGAAACAGCACUGGUGGAUCUGGAGGCACUGGAGGAAACUGCAAACCGCAGCAGGCUUCUUCCGGCCUUCUCGGAGGAUCCGAAAACGGCAUCGUUGACAAGAACUGCUGCACAGACAUGACAAUCAUCUUUGCUCGUGGAACAGGCGAGAUGGGCAACGUAGGCACUGUCUCCGGGCCACCCAUGUUCAAGGCUAUCCGUAGCAAGCUCGGUGCCGACCGCGUUACUGUCCAGGGUGUCGACUAUCCCGCUUCUGCCGCUGGCAACGUCAACCUUGGUGGCGAUGGUGGUGAGAAGAUGGCGGCACUUGUUAAGCAAGCCAAGUCUCUGUGCCCCAAUACCAAGGUCAUUGUUUCUGGCUACUCACAGGGUGCCAUGGUAGUCCACAAUGCGUUCAGCAAGGGCCUUUCGGCCGAGGAUGUUAGCGGCGCAGUUCUUUUCGGAGACCCAUUGAAGCGCACGGCCGUUGGCAAACUUCCCACAGACAAAGUAAAGCAGUUCUGUGGCACUGCUGACCAGAUCUGCGGCGGCGGUGGAGAUGGUGGUGCCACCGGUAGCCACAUCAGCUACGGUAGCAGUGCUGAGGCUGCAGCCACGUUCGCUAUCCAGGCUGUCGGUCUUGCUUAG